UCAGGUUAAUUUUGCUUUUUACUUUUCUAGUUGAAUUUAUUGUUUAUAGUUUAUUGUUGAUUUUCAUUUUGUCAAUUAUGUCUCCACCGACAAGUAAAGUUUGGAGUAACUUAAGAAGAAAAGAUGGCAAACUAGCCAUUUGCAAAUUGUGUUUUCGAGAGGUUAAAUACAGCGGGAACACGAGCAAUCUAACAAAACACAUGAUGACAAAUCAGAAAAAUGUCAAUAAAAAAUCUACACCUACAAAAGAAACAGCUGCAAGACCAGAUCCAGUUGAGCCUGUACCCUCAUGUUCUAGAGUAGACCCAACAACAAAAUUGGAAAACAAGGAGCCUGAUCUAACAUCACCAAUCACUGAAGCUUUCAAUAAGGCCAGUGCAUAUGCUGUUGGAGGAUUUCGUCAUGCCAAAGUCACAAACGCCAUUCUUUAUUUUAUAUGUAAAGAUAACAGACCUUUUGCAGUGACUGAGGGAGAGGGGUUCAGGAGACUUAUGCAUGAAUUGAUCCCAACAUUUAAGAUUCCUUUGGUCAAGGAGAUAUCUGGUGAGAAAUAUGUGACUAUUUCAAAAAUCAUCCCAAUGGCGAAUUGCCUCACAAAACAUCUUAAAGGCUUUGAAGCUCAAACUGAAGCCAUGAAAACCCUAAAAAAAUGUUUUGAGGCUGAACUGUUUAAACGGUUUGGGGUUUCAGAGCAGCACUCAAAAUUAGCUCUAAGCACUCUUCUGGACCCUAGAUUUAGAAAUAUUCACUUCCAGAGCCCAGCUGCUUGUGGGAAUGCUAUUUCAAAGUUGAGAGCUGCUUGUUCUUUGAACAAGUCCUCUUCUUCUGGUACUGAUAACAGACAACAAUACCCCUUAAAAUCAAACCCACUUGAAAUGUGGGAAGAUAUGAAGACAGUUUUUCCCUCACUCUAUAAACAAGCAAGGAAGUAUCUUGUUCUGAUGGCGACUUCUGUUCCGAGUGAAAGGCUGUUUUCAAAAACAGGGUUCAUAAUGAACCAGCAAAAGAACCACCUUUUGCCCAAGUACUUGGACAAACUUGUAUUUUUGAGUAGCCUCAAUGAAAGGGAAUGGUUUGAGUGA